AUGUCUGUUUCAGGUGUUGAAUUACUGCAGCAGACGUCGAACAUACCGUGGAAAAUAUUUAACCGCAACCAUGUUAAAAUACUUUGCUGCCGGUUUACUCUGGUUUUCAGCGAUAUCGGUUUAACAUGUUUUGCAUGCUACGUACGAGCCGUUUUUAGAGCAAUCGUUUUAAUACCUAAUCCUGAUGAGCAAUCAAUUACCGAUUAUAUCAUGAAUGGUCAUACGAGUGCAAAACGGCCAAUCAUAAAAACCGUUAUUAAUUUUUUAUUAAUAAAUCACAUGAUUGAAUGUAAAUCAGAAUACAUAAUUUUCGGGAAUGAUGAUGAUGAUACGCGUGCAGACGAAACUCGUGUGGCGCUAGAAGAACAUAGCCCUGACGUCACAGAAGCAUCAUCAACAGAAACAAGCAGUACCGUUCGUAACGACAGUCCUCGCCAUGUGAAUGACAAUCGACACGUCGUCGCUCGCUCGAAUUUUGUGUGCGACGUAUGCAAUAGACCGUGUUUGUCUGCGGCUGGACUCGUAAGCCAUCGUCGUGUUCACAGAUCGUGA